CAGAAGUGUCAUUUGUACACACUUUUUGUAUUCGGAAUGAAACAGAUAUACAAUUAAGCGUCAGACAGAAGAAGAGGAAAGACCGAAAUCCGAAUUGGAAUUAUACGGCAAGCGGCGUGCGGCGCAGCUGAAAAGAACGGAGCUCGCGCAUGGCGUAAACUGCGCGCUAUUCGCGGCUUUCGAAAUUCCGGCUCCUCGUGGCUCUCGGUUAUUUUGACGCCUUUGACGGACGGAAAAAGAUAUCGUUCCUCCAUCUUGUUCCGUCUCGCGGCACGUGUUGCGGACGAGACGAUGCAGACGUGCCGCAACUGCCGCGGGGUCAACAGCCGGCUCGGCCGUCCGUAAAAGGAGAGAUACUCAUACUCGCGCGUUUCCCCCCCCCCCCCCCACGCAAUUGUGUUGAUGUAUCGCGGGUUUCGAGUUUCGAGACGACUUUCGGCCGUACGGUGGAAAACGCGGCCUCGUAGUGGCUGAACCGACCCGUCGCGGUCCACUCCGAAUAGUUCGAAUGCGUUCGACGCGUACGCGCUGACACGAUGUCCCUCGGAAGUCGCAAGGAGACCCGGCACUCCGGGCACUCCCGCGUGCUGAUGCCGGUACUCCUGAGUGCCUGCGCUAUCCCGAUCUCGAUGCUCUUCUGGAUAGUGAACGUGGCUUACUCGAUACUGUGGCCAGACACCGCCAACUCGACGGAAGAGCACUCGGUGAUCUCACCAUGGAGAUGGCUGGCCGCAGUUAUAAUUCCACUUAUGUUUAUGUCUUGGGGUUUACGCAAGAAAAGUAUAGACAUCAGCGGUGCAAUUCUCGGCUUCUUUAUGGGCUUUAUCCUGACACUCUCGAGUUUUGCUCAUUUGAUGGCUCUCGUAACGUUCUUCGUCACUGGAUCAAAGGUAACAAAAUUUCGGUCUGUACAAAAGAAGAAGAUCGAAGCAGAUUUCAAGGAGGGUGGCCAACGGAAUUGGAUCCAGGUUCUGUGUAAUGGUGGCAUGGCUACGCAGUUAGCUUUAUUAUAUCUAUUAGACGUCGGAAGCGGAGAACGGCCAAUCGAUUUCGACAAGGAAUACCGAAGCUCGUGGUUAUCUAUUGGGAUAAUAGGAGCAGUUGCGUGUUGUAAUGGUGACACGUGGGCUUCUGAGAUUGGUACGGUGGUCGGCAUGGGUGACCCAUUCCUCAUCACGACGAGGAGAAGCGUCCCGAGAGGAACAAAUGGUGGUGUAUCGUGGAUAGGUCUGAUAUCUUCUAUCGUUGGCGGUCUAGUGGUUGGGCUUUUCUAUUAUAUUGUGAUUUUAAAUACCGUUGAUACAGCCGUACUGCAAUUAGCAGCACCACAAUGGCCGAUCAUAGUCGUCGCGGCAUUCGCAGGUCUUUUUGGCAGCAUCUUAGAUUCUAUUCUUGGCGCGACUUUACAGUAUUCAGGAGUGGACGAAAAGGGUACCAUAGUGGAGCGGCCAGGGAAAGGUGUGAGACACAUUUGUGGUAAACAGAUCCUAGAUAAUCACAGUGUAAAUCUUCUUUCUACUAUCGGUAUCACGCUCAUUCUUCCAAGAAUAGCAAAUAUUUUCUGGCCGUAAAAAGUCUCUCUCAAAUCUAUUUAAAAACAGAAUGUUCUAAUAUUGCAUUUAUUAUUCUUAUCUAUAUUCAAACAAAUCGAAUUGUACAUCUUGUAUAUUUCUCUGCGCUAUUUACCUAGGAAUAAAAAUAGUACAUUAGGAUUCAAACAAAGGAUCUUGUUUAAAAUUUAUUUUGGUAUGUGUAAUUUAUUAUAAAUUAUCAUACCAAUUUUUAAUAUAAUAAAUAUUCUAAAAUAGCAGUAAUUUAAAUAUUGAUAAUUUCUAGUAACGUACUUUUUCACAAGUUAUCUAUAAUGUUCAAUUUUUAAUCAAGAAUUAUUUGUUUAACAAUAUUGAUUAUGUUAUCAAUACGUCUUUAUGCUAUUCUACUACUGUGCGCUAUCAUUUAAUAUAAUUAAAAUAUGGAUUGUAUAAAAAUAUAAAAUCAUAUUUUUUAUAAUUUAUAUGCAGUUCACAUUAUUACUCGUUAAGGCUAAAAGUAUUUCUUACAUUGAAAAUAUUGGAGCAAGUUUCUAGAAAUCUAGAUUAAUGUUUCUGCUGUUUCCUACAUUUAUAAUAUAAGCAUUUUAUUACUUUGAUGUUAUUCUAAUAAAAGUUUGAAUAAUCUUGCAUAAUAUGCAUUUUUAAAUAUAGAAUAUACAUACAA